UUACUGCUUCAUCUCCUGGGUUAAUUAGAAAGCGCCCUGAAGACGUGAACCUUCCAGUGUAAUGUGUAAAUUAUAAGGGAAAACAUAAAAAUGUUGUGCCCAAGAGAAAACCGCUGUCGGCGCUUCCAGGCGAACAUCUUUAACAAGAGGAAAUGCCAGAACUGCUUCAGAACCGUCGAGUCCCACACACUCAGUGAAUCCGAUUUACACGCAACUAAACCUGUGAAAGCUGGUUGGCUUCUUCUAGCACCAGAGGGUAUAGAUUUUCAAAAUGUAUCCCACAAGAACAGAAAAUGGCAGCGGCGGUAUUUCAUACUGCAUGAGAAUGGGCUUCUGCGCUAUUCUUUGGAUGAGAUGCCGGGUACUCUGCCCCAGGGCAGCGUGACCAUGAGCCAGUGCAGCGAUGUGCAUGAUGCUUCAGCCCAGACCAGAUUUUGCAACAGUCUACGCAUGUGUUUCAGUGACCGAGAUUAUUACAUAAGGACAGAAAAUGCAGAGAACAUUGCUGGGUGGCAAGAAAAUCUGCUUGUUUACCUUAGUACUGCAAAAGCGAACCUAAGGAAGAGAAGGAGAGAGCAAACACUUCCACUGUAUAACCUAAAGAAGCAUGCAGUAUCUGAAAGAAACCAGGUAUCCGAUGGCAGCAAUCGCAACUACAUCCUAAACACCGGCUGCAGCAGUCUUAGCAGGAGCAGCACCAAGAAAGGAGGCCCUGAAAACAGUAAAACCACUACGAGUAAUUAUAGUCUUUCCAGCAUGGACAUUAAACAAAAUGGUAAUAUUGGGGAUGUACACACCAGGAUUGGUGCUGAAGGCUUUAGUGUUGGUCAUUGUGGUAGUAAAGACACAAGUGGCAGUGGUCUGGAGGGUGUGGAGGUUGGUCCUCCACUCUCUUCUUCUCCAGGGGCGGGGCUUCAAGAGGAACCAGAGGAGCUUGAUGGGAACGCAGAAGUCCAGUCUAGCAGCAGAAUGAGCCACACCAACUCCCUACAUACCUCCUCUAUCACUUCCGAUCUAUUCUCAUUGCUGAGUCAACUGCCUGCUCACAUCAGCACAAACGCAGCUAAGAGCCGCGAAGGCAUAGAAAGUGGCUAUUGUUCUCUGGAGAAGACAAGAUCUGAUGCUGAGGACACCCAGACAGGCCCUGAGUCGUACUACAGGCGACCACAGGUGAUUAGUCAGUUUGAGCAAGAAAAUGGUAUGCCUACAACAUCAUCCACCUGCUCAGCUGCUGAAUGUGAUCAAAACGACAGAGCAAGCCACAGCACAACACGGGCGCUUGCUCGUGGUCAAGGUGCAGCUGGUGUCGGGGUCUCUGCCUCCACCUGCCGACGUUCCAAAUCACUGGAGCGCAAUCUGGCUGAACACACAUCCACGCCUGACCUGUUAAAUUUUAAGAAGGGAUGGAUGACGAGAUUGGGAGAAGACGGAAAGUGGAGGAAGCACUGGUUUGUUCUUACUAACCAGAGUUUAAGAUUCUACAGGGAUUCAGUUGCUGAAGAGGCUGCGGAUCUGGAUGGAGAAAUCAACCUGUCCACAUGUUAUGACAUCACAGAUUUUCCUGUGCAGAGGAACUAUGGCUUUCAAAUUCAUACAAAGGAUGGAGUUUUUACACUCUGUGCAAUGACCUCAGGGAUUCGGCGAAACUGGAUUGAGGCAGUUAAGAAGAAUGUUCAGACGUCUGUUGCCCCUGAUGUCACGUGCUCUGUUCCUUCGAAAGUGCCAAUGGGUAUGGAUUUGGAAUGUAAAUACCCCUUUGUGUCGAACUCAUGUACCGAGGAGAAGGAGAGAAGGAGCAGUGUUGCUGAACGACGCAAAGAAGGACGGUACAAAACCUUUGACUGGUCUGAGUUUAGUCACAUGCGGAACACAAGGGAGACACUCAGCAGGCAAUCAGGGAUAGAGUCUGAGUAUGCCUUUGGUGACUACAUCCCCCCUGCUCCUGCAUCAACUCCUGAAGAACCUCUCCCAAGCUCCAGCACAGUGGUGCUUACUGAUGAUGCGUGGAGCAUUACAAGGUCCACAGACACAUCACCGCUCAUGGUGAGAUCCAGUAUUGUCACCAGUGAACCAAGUAAUCAGAAGAACGCAGAGGUUGAUGGGGUGAAUGUCCGUAAUGACAUUUCUAAUGCACAAAUUAAAGAAAAGAAAGAGACUGAUCUUUACAUGCAAACAUCACCAGCCACAUUUCCUUCAGUGUCCGUGCAAACAGAAUGGCAGUGGGAGUUGGAGCUUCAAACGCUCCAUAAUGAACUGAAGGCUGUGAAUGAGAGAAGUGACCGAGAAAGCAGGGAGUUUAAACACUCUGAGGCAUGUUUCCAUGCCGAGUUGAAUGGCAGUCUGGACUCCUUACGUAAAACUGAGUUGAAAUUAGAGAAAACUGAAGCUACCUUAAAAGAACGUGAGAACGAGCUGGAUGAAUUGCGAAAUUGUUUGGAAGAAGUUUCAGGACGUCUGAAGGCAACAGAGGAGGCGCAGGCACUGAAAGAUGUUCGCCUACAGAGACACUUGUGCCUCCUGGAAGAGAGUCAGGAAAGGGAGAGGAGGAGUCUCAGCGAUAGUCUCGAACAUGCAGAGAAGCGUGGGAAAGAUCUGGAGCGACUUAUGCAAACAGAAGCAAAGCUGCAAAAAAUGCCAACAGGGGGCAUUGUGGAGCAAUUGGAAAGAAAGUGCCAAGAGUUGCGGAACCAGCUAGAUGAAUCAGACAGCGAGUUGAGUAAGUUGCAGGCACGGCUUGAGCAUGAGGAGACGCUCUACUAUGAUAUUGAGCAUAACUAUGAGCAAGUAUGCGAGGAGUUGGAGUUCGUGCGUGGCUCAUUGCAAAACUGCGAGAGGGAAUGUGAAGAGCGGUUUAGAAUCCAGUUGGAGCAGCACCAAGAAAAGCUUAAUAGGAAGGAACGGGAGCUGCAAGAUGUGUUUCUUAAAAUAGGUUGCUCAGGUGUGAGUCUGGAAAUGACUGAACAUAUGUGGCAAAAAGAUGUCAACCACCAUCUUCAAAAGAACUCUUCAAGAACUCUGGAGAAGGUGACGAAUUUUAGCUUCGGUGAUUUGGAGGAACAACCAGUUGCACAGGGAGAUGAAUCGGAACAAGUAAUCUCUGUGAUACAAGCAUUGGAAAACAAGUUGUGUGAUACAGAGGAGAGGCUUCAGGAAAUUAAUGUGCAUCUCCAACAGCAGCAGCAAAAGUUUGCUGAUGAAAUUGAAGAUCAGUGGAACAUACCCAAUGAGUCACUGAGACCAGGUGCUAGAGAACAUUGUGGGACUGUACUGGAAAAGACUGCUUCUAAUGCUAAAGUUAAGUCAGCCACUAAUAAGAUGCUUAACUUUGAUCUUCAGGAAGCUUUGCAAAAGGAAGAUACAAGUCCAGAGAAGCUCUUAUCUCAGUGGAUGACCAGCAGGAUGCUGUACCUAGAAGCAUUAGUCAUCCAGAAGAUUGCUUCUGCUCUAGAGCAUCCAAGCAAACAUCUCCUAGAGGGCCUUUCAGAGAUGCAUUCUCAAACCAUGGCCCUUAGGGAGUCUUACAAUGGAAGGCAUGAAGGUCCAGUCACAAGAAACUACUCACAAUUGUUUUCAUACUAUCAGGAGUUGGGUGAGGUAGGGUGUUCACUGGAUGAGCAUGAGAUCUCGAACAUGUGUAUGAAAGCAGAACUAGCAUACCUCACAUACACAAACCACCUACACAACCCAGUGGAGAAACAUGGAUCACAGGCCUUUAAUAUUCCAUUCUAUCUUGGAUCUAAAGUGACACCACUUGACACCAAAGAAGGAACCAGUUCUAUAACGGGACUGUCUGACUUCAGGCUACCUGAACUAGUACCAUGUACGAAACAGAAACAAGGUGAAGGGAUGGGAUACAUUCCAGGAGACAUGGACAAAGAUAGUCUAGUGAUGGAGCUCUGGGCACAGGCCCAUUCCCUCAAGGCUAUCUCCAAGCAGCUGCAUCCUUUAGAUGAGAAUGCAGGUGUACCGUCUGAGCUUUCUCCAGUCCUUCUUCGCACUGUGUUGUUCCAGGCCAUUCUAGCAUAUGUGACCAGCCGAUUACACGUGGCUCUGCAGCGGCAAAUGCAUCUAUUGCAAGAUCAGCAGGUGCCGGCUGAGUGUCACAGACUGGAGGCAGUGUUGCAGGAACAGGCCGAAAGUUAUGAAGAAAAGCUGCGUGAGGAUCGCGUGGUUAUAGAGGUGGCCAAGCUGGCACGCAUCUCAGCUGAGACAGAUGCCCAGAUAAAGGGACAAGAAGUGCAGCAAAUGAAGGUGGAGUUACAGAAAAAGCUUCAGGAACUUCAGCAAAUCCACGAAGAAGAGAUAAAUAGUCUCCAUGAGUAUUACACUCGGAGCCAGUCACAGACUACCUCCCCUACAGAAUCCAGUAAUGAAGAUGGCAAACUUUCUGUGACUACUAUGAAGGACAGAAUCAAUGAGUUGGAAUUGCAGAUUCGAUGCUUGGAAGAUGAGAUUCACAGGGGCGAUCCAAACACCUUGAGGAAGGCCUAUGAAAAGGAACUGGAGACACUGAAGGUUACCUGUGAACUUGGCUUUAGCAGCAUGGAACAGAGUCACCAGAGGGUGAUUGAGGAGAUGCAGAGGCAACAUCAGAUAGAGGUGGAGCAGCUGCUGGAAGAGAAGGAGAGAGUACUCCAAGAAGAAACCAAUGCUACAAUUGCUGCCAUUGAGGCCAUGCGCAAAGCUCAUAAGGAGGAGCUGGAGAAAAGUAAAAAAGCUCAGCAGAAUGGAGUCAGUACAGACGUCAACAAGCUGCGUGCCCAGUUUAAAGACGAGCUGGAUUCCCUACACAGGGAACUGGAAGUGUUGUCCGAGCAGUACUCUCAAAAAUGCCUGGAGAAUGCACACCUUACUCGAGCCAUAGAGACAGAAAGACAAGCCCUGAGCUCUGUAGAGAGAGACAACCAAGAACUCCUCACACGCAAUCAAGAGCUGAAUAAGCACUUGGUGGCUGAACUCUCCUUAAUGCACUCCCCUAUGAAUGGAGGCAUGGAUAAAGCAGAGCUCUCUCAGGGCAAAGAUGUAAUUCAGCUGGAGGUGGCAUUAAGAGUGAAGGAGUCAGAAAUUCAGUGUCUGAAGCAAGAAAUCAGCUCACUAAAGGAGGAGCUGCAGGCUACCAACAGACAUUGUAAGAAACUGCUCAAUGAGUUGAGUGUUUCAGGCGUCAAAUGUGAAACAACCCGCGUUAAGCACAGUGCCGAGACUUUCAGGCAACGGAGCCAAAGUUAUGAUUUGAUGAAGUCAAAAAGUAAUCCUGACUUCCUGAAGAACCGUACGAAACCAAACCAACCAACCAGAUCCAAGAGUCUGAGGGAACAUCUCUCUGUUCAGGAGAGGGUGAAGCUUUUUGAAUAGGGCAGCAAAAUCGAAAGAUCUGAUUGUGUCUUUGUAUGUGCACUUUUUUUGUGUGUGUGUGUUGUAUAAAGGGCUUAAUUUAAAUUGUUUAUAUUUAUACAUAAAGGUAAUGGGCUUCAUUUGUUUUAUUUGCUAUAUAUAUAUAUAU